UUUUAUCUAGCUCUGUAGGGCGAGCUUGUACUUCGACAAAGACGUUGAAUGAAGUGACAAGGUAUCCAAAUUUCCACAAACCAAGAUAUUUCAGAUAGUAAUCAUCACAGUAUAACACGACCAUGUUUUGGUACAUUGUCGUGUGUAUCGGCGUUCUCAAACUAACUUCGGCGGAGCAUGUCCAUUGCGCAUGUGCUACAGGAAAUACACCAGUAUACCGUGAAGCAGGGAGGUUCGCAACACUGUUCUCGGUAAUUCCAGCAGGAAUGUGUGUACAAUACAGUGACGCCUUGAAAUUCGUGACCAUGGGCAAUACCUCCUGGGCUUCGUUGGAAUAUGCAGGAAAUAGUGGAUAUGCUGACUUUAAUUUGCUGUCGCUCGAGGUUUGGUAUGGCGCAUGCCCAAAUAGAUCACACGCUGCCCGGGCUGAUAACUGCCCUCGAAUCAUCACUAGACAGGAAUGGGGAGCUCGGCUACCGACACAUACUAUAGGCCAACUCCCUCACAUUCCAUCUUAUGUAUUCCUACACCACGGAGCCGGGUCGUUCUGUCAUUCUGAAUAUGAAUGUGCAGCAAAAGUAAGAUCCUAUCAGGAUUUCCACAUAGACGAUCGUGGUUGGUGGGAUAUCGGCUACAGUUUCGUUGUGGGUGAGGACGGUAACGUAUAUGAGGCCAGGGGUUGGGACGAGAUCGGCGCUCAUACGUAUGGCCACAACACACAGGGUUUAGGUAUAUCUGUCAUUGGAGACUUCCGGACACGCGCUCCCAACAGUGCGGCCCUUAAUGCUGUGACACAGCUGAUUGCUUGCGGCGUCAGCAGCGGUAAGAUACAGACUGAUUACAUCAUACAAGGACAUUGUGACGUAGUACCUACAGAAUGUCCCGGAAGAGCCUUUCUUAACGUCAUCCAGAACUGGUCGCAUUACCACCGUCCGACUGGAAGCUAUUGUCCACCACUUAGCGACCUGUAAAUUUGUUCUUUUGCGCGCAAUAAAUAAAUCAAAUAACACGCCUAAUUUAUGUAUGUAAAAAUGUUUGCUUGGUUUUUAAAAUAAACCGGUAUAAAAGAG